CCCACGCAUGCGCACGUCUUCACACUGCCGCCGGAGCCCGUGCUUCUGAGGGACUCAAAGAUCCGCAAUGUCCGAGCUGCCCGGAGAGAACUGGAUCCCGGACCUGAGCCCCAUGAACGGCGUCGGCGACAUCCUGCCGGCGGGAGUGGGCGGAGGCAGCCGGGUCCCCGAAGUCCAGGAAGGGCCGCUGCUCAGAGCCGCCCCGCCCAUGGCGCCGGCCCCGGACCUGGUUCCCGGGCAGUUCCCCGGCGGCUUGGCCGGCCUGAUGGCGAUCCCGCACGUCCACGCGCCGCUCCUCCUGCUGGAGCUGUACGAGCAGCGGAUGUUCGAACACUACCUGCACACCAACCCCCUGAUCCCCACCCGGCUGCUCCAGGCCAUCCAGGAGCGCCGCCGGCUGUUCGUGGAGGGCUGCAGGGCCAGGGAGGCGGCCUUCGACGCCAACCCCCCGCAGAUGGACUCGCACGCCCGCGCCUUCACGCUGGCGCUCACGGCCUCCGACGCCCGCGGCCCCACCGCCGACUGAGGGGUGGCCUUCUCUAACCCCAGCCCUCUGGACAGAGGAGGCCGGAGGAUCCGGACUUGAAGGUCAUCCUCCGCUAUGUAGCGAGUUGGAGGCCAGCCUAGGCUACAGGAGACUCUGUCUUUUAAAAAUAAAAAAUAAAAAUAAAAAUAAAAGAUCGGUGACCAGGAAGUCAGGUGACUCUUAGGAUCAAGGGCAAAGGCAGAUGUCUGGGCAGAUGUCCUGAGGUGGGAGAUCCAAGCCAGAAUACAGCCACGGGCAGGGUGGAUCGAAGCAGGCCCAGAAAGAGACGGACACUUGAAGCUUGAGGCUGACGCUUCUGACUUCCACCCUGUGACUGUCAGCAAUCUUUCCCUCCCCUGCAUUUGUUGAAAAUCAUGGUUGCUUCGCUGUGAAGGACGAUGGUUUGGCAGAGAUGAAGUCUAAGAAUUACCGAUGAAAAAGACCAUAGAAACCAACGGAGGUGGGGGAAGAAACCAGGGAAGUGUGCUUGUUAGAGUCAGUGGCUCCUGGGUUUUAUUGGAGUGACCUUUCAGAAUUGGGGGUCGUCUCGUCACCAUCUGACAAGCUCAAUGUAUCGUUAAUUCUUGUGUUGGAUGUUCUGUAGACGAGUUGUAAAUAUUCAGAUAGGGGAAAUCAUGUAUGUGUUGUGAGAUGAAUAUUUUUCAAGACCUUGUGUAAUUGUAUCCAUGUGGAAAUAGAUGAGUUAAUAUUUAAAUGAUACAGACACAAGACUCAAAACUAGCAAAAGAUACUAUGGGAAGUUAAACUUUUCUGCCAAAUUGAAAACAGAUUUGUUUUAGGGUGGGAAAUUGUUUUCUGUAGGGUUUUCAAACCCAUUUAAUAAGGCGUACAGGAAUCGGUACCAGUCUAGCUAUCCCCCAGUUGCGGGUGCGGAGGGUGCAGCCCAAGCCUUCUUGCCCUGCUCCUGUUACUUCUGAGGCAAGGUAGGGUCUGGUUAAGGCUCAGUGCUUAAAGGUGUCUGCUGCUAAGUCUCAUUACUGAAUUUGAUCCUGGGACCCACGUGGUGGAAGAAGAAUCCACACCCAUAUCCUCCCAGCACCGCUGGUGCACAUACACGUGCAAUGUAAAAAAAGAAAAAAAUCUACAUAGUACAUAUAUCAGCAUCUUGGGUUUUUAUGUUCAGUUAUAAUGGAAGUAAUUCUAUAUCGGGUUUUCUUUAAUGAUUACUAUUUAAGUCUGUAUCUUAACAUAUUUAAUGAACUAUUUGUCUUCUGGACA